AUGACUUGGGGAAAAAACGGUGCCAAGGGUGCAGCAACGCCCUACAUCGUCUGUCCUCACUGCUCUAGGGCGGGUAAGCAGAGCUGGAUUUUCGUAGACAGAGUCCAGCACCAUCCCUUUUGCAACCUGUGUGGCAACGCCUGGAAGACACAGGGUGCUCCGGUCACUCAAAGACUGCGCCCGCGGGGUCCCAAGAAGAACAGGGACAGAAGCGCAACCACUGAGAGUGCAACUCAAAGCCCCCAACGGCCCAGGAAUCAUGAGGGCAACCUCUCCAAAGCCGUCACGACUCUUUGGCAGAAGUUUCCCCCAGAGGUCCAGAAGGAACUGAGCGAGACAGGUUUCCAAGCAGGCCGGCAGCCGAGUCCGCCUCCAGGCCUCCAGUCUGGAAAAGGCAACGGGGCAAAGGGAGGGCUUGACGAGCAGGCCGAAGCCUCUAAGAACCUGUGGGAUUCUGCGUCUGAUGAUCAGAAGAAGCUGAUGCGCCAAGCUGGAAUCCCUGAGCCGGUUGCGUCGGAGCCAACAGACCUUGCGGCCCUUUGCAAAAAGCACUUGGAGUCAAUGCCGCCUUCGAUCCAGCAAGCCCUUGCAGCACUUGAUCCUCCGGCCCCCACGCAGACUCAGCAGAUUGAGAUUGCAACUCGUCGCUUUAAGCAGAGCACUACGGACUUGCGACUGAUGAUCCAGCAAACUGCUGCCUUACAGAUUCGCAUAGACCGAGCCAAAGCAACCUACCAAGAGCUGCUUGAGAAGAUGAAGGUUUGCCAAUCUGAUCUGCAGAGCAAACAAGCUGAAGUCACGGCUAUGCAGUCGGAGUUGGAAGCCACACUCCGUGCUGAUGCUUCGGGUCUGGAGGACCCCGCGCGCAAGGACGAUCCCUUGGAAGGGCUUCUAGAUACGCUUGCCAAAGUUGGGAUUGUCCUGACCCAGGAGCAGAAGGAGCUUUACGAGGAGGCCCAGCGCGGUAAGCUUAACGAUGGGCAGCAGAAUAUGGAAGUUGAAGCCACAAACCAGCCCGGUUUGACGGUUGAGCAGGGCAGCUUAGGUUGGUGGCUGUGCCAAGAGAUCUUGGCCCUCCAACGUUCUUUUGACUUGACUUUGCUCUUGCUUGUUGCUCGGGGCUUUGAAGUUUUGCGCAAAUCGCAGCCACAGGGGCACAGGCAAAUGCGAGUCACAUCUUGCAACAUCACUUCUUGGAGGCCAGAAGUCAAGCAAUGGUUUUCAGCUCAAGGGGAUGUUAUCUUGAUUCAGGAGCACCAUCUUUUGGAGUCCCAAGUUGUUGCUGAAAUUUCGUCCAUGGCUGCCAUGGGCUUUGACUCCUUCCUUGUGCCCGCAGCCCCUGGGGAAGGCCAGUAUACCAACCAAGGUUGCGGCUACGUGGCGGUGACGCUACGCACACAAGGGGCUGACUUGACAGUAGUUAGCCUGUACCUCCAGUCUUCCUCCGGCUUCGGGUCCCCGGUCAACUCUGACAUCCUAGCAUCUCUGCGCGCAAUUCGUCAAUCUGUGAGGGGCCCAAUCCUGAUAGGUGGAGACUGGAACUCGCCUUUGAAGGAUUUGUUGGACACUGCCAUUUUUCAAAGUUUGUCCCUUGAACCAAUUGGGCCCAACAAAGCCACAUGUGGUGACAAUGAGCUUGAUUUUCUGGCUGUAUCACACUGCCUGGAAGGUUUGCUCCGGGUUGAUGCCUCCUGGGAUGUUCCUUUCAAGCCACAUGCAGCAAUCCAAGUUGCCCUUAAUGUGGGCGCUUUCCAGCUCACCACUCCACAGCUUCCCUCCUUUGUGCUUUCCUUCAGGGAAGAACCGCUUGAUUACCUACAGGUUGAGGAGACCCUCGCCUCUUUGCCCGAUACCACCUUGUCGGCUGACCCCCUGAGCAAUCGACUGGCUUCCAUUUCCAGUUCGGUGGAGCACAGUCUUUUGCAAUCGUCCCAGGGUAUUGGUCGCCAACUCCAAGUUGAAUUCCUCCCAGCUGUUCCUCGCAUGUCCCAGUUCGCAUGGGAAGGCUCUUGCCAGGCUUUUUGGCACCGGGUACAAUUUCUGUGCCAGGGAGACCACCCCAAACGUCGAGAGCAAUGCCAGGAGUAUUUGCCGCAGAUCCUGGACCACUGGCAGGGCAACUCGGAGGAGGCUGUUUCCUUUCUUUCUACGCUCCAGGCCUGUCUCUCGGAGCAGGCUGCUGUUCCCGAGCCCGUCCAGCAAUUAUUGCAGGAGCAAUUUCUGCUGGCCUCUAAAGUUCACCAGGAUGCCCAGACCAAGUCGUACAGGUUCGUGCCCUGGCUAGAACCAAACUAUGGCUCCGCACUUGGAAAGGCGUACUUAGAGUUGAGGACCUUCCUCCUCUUCCACACGCAGAGCAACAGGCUCGCGGAAAGCUACGGGAACUGGCUGCUCAGCAGGUAG